ACCAGUCCCCAACGGCCAACGGUAGGUAAAAGUCGACCAUGGGCGCCUCACAGUCCGCUCCGACGACGCAGGAACAUGUGGUAUCUCCUGAACCAUCGACUUCCGUUCAGUUCUCCCCUUCACUCAUCUCUCGACUGUCAAACCCUCCAUCAGACACUUCAUCCAAUAAUCCAGAAGAUGUCGUUCGUCGUCGUCUCGCAGCGGAGUCAGCUCAUAUACGACAACAGGAAGCUGAGAUUUUGCAAAGCAUCAAUGCCGCGCUGGAGAAAGAGAACCUGGAUCGAGAAAAACCAGGGAUGAGCAGUGAAGUGCUUGGUAGGGAUAUUGAGGAAGUGAGGGAGAAAGUAGAGAGGAUGAAGAAAGAAAAAGCUGCAAGAGAGGGAGAAGGUGUGAGAUCCGCUAGGGAGAGCGUGAGGAGAUGUUACCUAGAGAAUAUAGAUCACCCACUUGACUGCCAAAGACAAGUAGACGCAUUCAAAGAAGAAGUCCGCAAGCUAGAAUUGGCAUUCGUCAAAUCUUUACAAUAAAGACAAAACAUGCAUACAUCUAUUUGAC